AUGGGGGUGCUGAUGUCCAGGCGGCAGACAGUGGAACAGGUCCAGAAGGUCAGCCUGGCCGUGUCAGCCUUCAGGGACGGGCUGCGAGAGCGCAAGUCGGAGGGGAGCACCAGCCGGAGGGGCACCAUCGAGGACACGGUGCAGGAGCUCAGAGAAGAGGAGGCAUCGGAAGUAGGGUCUUCCGCGGGACUCCAGAGGAAGGAGGAGAGCAGCUUCCGCACGGUGGCCUGGGAGAGGCUGCGGGACGGGCGAGGAGUGGAGCCCGAAGAGUUUGACCGCAGCACCUUCUUCACGCCGCCAGCCUUUGCCCGCCCCACGCAGACGGAGCAGGACGACGAGCCCAUUGAGAUCAGCCUGGAGCAGAGGGAGCAGGUGACCAACGAUGAGACGUGCGAGGUGUGCGAAGUGUGGACAGCGGACAGCCUCCUGCCCUGCCGCGUGUGCACAAGGGUCUACCAUGAUGGCUGCCUCCGCCGGAUGGGCUUCCUGCCCCAGGACAACACCGGCGAGGUCAUUGAGGCGGCCCAUUCGGAGACCGGCUGGAGCUGCUACUGUUGCGACAACCUCAACUUGCUCCUCACCGAGGAAGAGAUGAGCAGCCUCUUCCGGUCUUUCCAACAAGGCAAGGUCGCCCCAGACAGUGCGCUGACCUUGAAGGUCUUCUUGGGCUACAAGCGGCUGUCGGGCCAGCAAGAGGGCAAGCAGCCCAGCAGCGAGGAGCAGGAAGACCAGGACGCCUUGCAGUUUUCAGCACUGGAUCCAGAGAAGAAAGGCUGCAUCGAAUGGGUGGAUUUCCUCUCCCAUGAGUCCGUCCUGCAUCUGCAGAGAACACGGACACAGAACGCCCUGCUCCGCCUGCUGACAGGCAAGGAGAGAGAGCGGGCACGAGCCACUUUCUUGUCGCUGGACCAGCACGGGGACGGGCUCAUCAGCGAGGCAGAGAGUCGGCGCAGCCAACACACGUGGUUCCGUAAGCGGCACAAGGAGGUGCCCUCCUGCAACGUCAGCAUCAGCCAUGUGGGCCCCAUCUCAGAGAGCAGCCCAGCCAGCAAUGCAAGCCAGGACCAGGUGCUGUUGAAUGCAGAGCCAGAGGAACCAAGCCGGACCAUCAACUGGCCUACUUUCCUGCGAGAGAGCACCAUCUACAUCCUUGCCGCCCGGCCAAACAGCCCUGCCAUCCACCUGAAGCCGUUGGCAUAGGGGCACGCUUGGCAUGGGGGGGAGGCGGUCAGAGACAAACAGACUUGCCUUGUUGGGAAGAGCAGGAAAGUCUCUACGAUCCUGCCAAGCCAUCUGGAUUGACACGGGCAAAACUUCUUUAUUGCUGGAGCAGCCAAACGACACAAGCCAGAGAACUGGUGAUGAUGGAGGGCAAAGCAUUCGGCCCCUUUGCCCAUCGCUUCCCUCCCUCCCCCAUCCUCCGAAUCUCUCCCUACACAUCCAUAGAGACCCAUAGGCAGGACCCUGGCUGCAUCAUUUGGGUAGGGACACCCCCUUUUUAUCAAUCAGUUUAAAACGUAGACAUUGCACUUCCAGGUUGGCCAGUUCAUAAAACAGUUCAAAUCCUCCAGCUGCGCCUCAAAGCUCCUGCUUAGAGCCAAAAGAGAAAACUCAAGCGUUCCUCAGCCUUCUCAUUAUCCAGCAGGCACAGCCAAGGAGCUUGUGCAUCACAGCCAAGUUCCAAGGUUCCUGGGCAUCUGCUCAUCUCAGCACCUUCCUGAAUGGCCACUGACAAAAUGAAAGCCUCAGCAUUGGGCUCCUGGUCAAGGAAUCGCAGAAUCAUAAAAUUGUAGGGUUGGGACCCCCAAGGGUCAUCUAAACCAACCCCCCACAAAGUCCCUUGUUGCAUUCUAGUUUGUUAUUAGCUAUUGCAAGGGGAGGGGAGGAACCAAGUACAGGCAGAUGGCACACUCAUUUUUUGAUGGGGAGGGAGGAAAUCUGUUCAGUUCACAUUUA